ACGGAGGGGGAACCGGCACCAGCCUAGCUUGGAGUCACGUCGCUGACUGGCACCUGUUUAUUGUGGAUUCUAGUGAAUCACAGUUGUACUCAGCAUCACAUGCAGACAGUCCGUGGAAUCAAAUGCCGAUAAUGUAAAAAGUGAUAAUUGGUCUUUCACGCUGUUUCAAAGUGAGAUAAACAGUUCCGCCUGUUCCUGAACUCAGGAGGAGGCGCAUGCCUUUUUCCACCUAAUAUUCUGGACAAAAUCUGCGAAAGCCAUGAGCCUGUUUGAGAAGAGAAAGUCGUCCAAAGUUUUGCUGGACGACACCACCCCCCUGCAGUGUAUGAUAGAAGCCGCGCAGAACGUGGAAACACACAUUGAUUAUGUGAUCAAAGUCCAGCGAGGUAUAGCUCCAGAAAAAACCUGGCAGAUCAACCGGAGGUACAGUGACUUUGUCACACUCCAUGAGCUCCUAAAGAUUACCAAUCUGGAGCUGCCGCUCCCGCCCAAGAAGGUCUUCGGCAACAUGGACCGAGAGUUCAUCGCCGAACGGCAGCAGAGCCUGCAGCAGUACCUCAACCUCAUCCUGUCCCACCAUCUCCUAGCAACCAGCAUCAUCAUCAAGAGGUUCCUGGAUCCCACAAACUACCCUACCAACUUACAAGAGGUUGCCCUGCAGCACGUGUCCAUGUUCUUCCGGUCGGAACCCUACUGGGAAGUGGUCGAGCCGUUCCGAGAUAUCGGCUGGCGAAUCCGCAAGAGUUACUUCCUGAUCAGACCGAAGGACCAGCCCAAAGUCAGACAGAUACUGGCCUGGUCCGACUUUGGACCAGACAAGGUCAUGGAGGAUAAGGACAUUCUUCAGGCCAUGAAGGUGCUGCCCACCAUCCAGCAUCCCUACAUCUAUCCCGUCACCUUUGCAUCUGCCAACGAGACUGGAGGCUUCGCCAUACGCACCUACCAUGCCACGGGGACACUCAGGGAUUUCAUCUGCAAGUCUAAGCCCAAGCACCACUACCUGAGAAAAUACUGCCAUCCCAAGUCCUACACUGCCUUCAACCUGAUGAACAUCAAGACCUACGGACGACAGAUCCUCGAGGCCUUGAAGUUCCUGCAGGAGAAGGGCAUACCCUACGGCCAUCUACACACGGGCAACGUUAUCCUGGAGGGUAACACGUGCCGACUGGUGGACAUCGAGAACUCAGUACUCGGUCUGCCGUGUUACUACCGCGACUUCAUUGUGCAGCACAAGAAAAUCAACACCACAGAGGCCAUAGACGUGUACAGCUUUGGCCACGUCAUCUUUGAGAUGGUGUUUGGAAUGCCCCUGAAUAAGCACUUCAAGGAUGACUUCCCUCACACGGUGCCGCCUCCCAUCAAGUCUGUUCUUGAGUCAAUUCUGACAUCUGAAUCUUGUAAAAGUGGCCUUCCCACAGUCGAUGACCUUAUAGCCGAUCCCUUGUUCAGCGAUGUCUCCGUCGCAACAGCCCCACAAUUCAGACUGUCCAGCAAGUUAAAAGAGCCGCUGAAGAUGGCCAAGGAAAUUGGGGUGGAGAAACGGCUCAAGGCAGACCAGAAGCAACUUUCAAGUUGGAGGAGGGCUUCAAAAGCCCACGCCCACCACAACUCGGAAGAAGAGAAGAAAAAGAGGAAGAAGGCAUCAGCGAAGAAGAGGUUGUCAGAGCAACAGCUGAGUGUGACUGAGGGCGAGACAAACGGGGCGACAAACAGUUCAACUAAUGGCACGGCAUCUGGUGUGAGCAGUCCGUCAUCAACAGCGCCCUCAUCGCCGUCAUCAGAGGCGAGCGCAAAGACUUAAGUGCGUCCAGCAACAGCCAGACUAGCCAUGAAUACGAACACGUGUGUAGGUGUGUGCGUGUGACCAUAGUUUUCAAUAUCAGGGCUCUCACUGGUGUCAGAAAUUCACGGAGAAAAUGGACGGCACAAGUUACGAGAAGAGUUCCGCGCCUGGUCACCAAGGGUUUUAUAAACAUCAAUCGGUUUAAAAGGGAAUCAGAAAUGGUACUUGUGCCAUUCCCAUCAGGUACAAGACUCCCUUUCCUUGCCAAAAGCCCUCUAAGAAUAAAACACGCCCCAUUUUUAAGCUUGUUAAUGUUUAUGAAUCUCCAAAGUUUCGGAGGCCAGACCCAGGACUCUAUCUCAAUUCACCUCUGUUAACUGGUAGUGGAGAAGGGCAGCAAAAAAUUCUAUGGAGAAACUCUGGAGAUUGCUUUCAAAGCUGGGAAUAGAGAUUUGGUUCUAAAAAAAUAAUCUGGGAAUCUUUCUUCUGAGCUACAGUGGGCACCCUGCAUAGCUCGUGUAAACUGUGAUGUUACUGUUGUUUUUGUUCAUAAUAGUACUAGAUGCAUGCUCAGUCUCCUGGCAGCACCAUUUUGUGUUGUGGCUUGUCUGCAUUUUUUUUCUGCCAAUAAUUCUGGGUUUAUUUUUUUCAGUCAGUAGAGUAUCCUAAUUGUUUAUUGUACCCAUAGAUUGUGUCAGCUCAAACUAAAAAACUACCUGCAGCUUUGUUAGUAGAGGCCAAAGGUCAGGUUGCUGGCCGUGUCAUAUCGCCAGGUUGAAGAUUGUUUCUAAGGUGCUUGCUGUUGAUGGAUAGCAAAACGUGAAUGCACAGGUCAUCAAACUUGAUCGUACAUCCUUUUCGUAUUUGCUCCGGAUUGAGUUUUUUGUUUGAUUGUGACACAAGCGUGGGCAAAAUUCUCAUCCUUCUGAAUAAUUAGAUUUACUUGGCACAUGCGGUCAAGUAACUCAAGCCCCAAAGUGCAUUGCCGACAUUCGUACCAGACAUGAAGGACAAAAAUACUGAAAUAACAAGACUCACUCUUGGUAAUUUGGGUUUGAUCUAAUUCGACUUGACUUUCUUUUUGUGCAUUUGGUGAAAUAAUGUCAGCCUGGAGACGUUAACAUCAUCUUGGAUUUCUUACACCUGCAACCCAAUUAACACUAAGAAAUAUCCAAUUUUUAUUGGUACACAGGUGUAGGAAUUGCUCAAUGUAUCAAUGGGGCAUCCUGUGAUACUAACAUGUUGCACUCUCUCAAGAAGUCAACUUACUUUCUCUGUUUUAACCUCCUCCGUGGGUGGUCAUAACUCUUUCGUCUUUCAGAUCUUCACAUUCACAAGAGCCACUCACCAGCAACCACUGGGUUGUUUUUUAUUUAAACUCUAGGCUUUCCUACUGGAGUUAGAUUUUAAUCCAAAUUCGGUCGGAAAACUGUCCAUUCUGAAGCCUUACUGAAGCAAGGGGUUAAAAAUUUUUACUCGGAGACAUUUCAGAAGUGUUGCAGUUUCAGAAUUUCUGAAUGGACGUCUGACUGGCCCAGGUAUAUGUCUUGCAUUUGUGUGAGCCCCUCAAGUCGGACAUCACAUUUGAGGCAGUGCGUAAGGAUGGGAACUUGGGAAAGUUCACAUAUUGCAAAUGGCCGUGUCACACUUGCAUGAAGUUUUGUUGCAGCACCUCGACCAAGUUCAACAAAACACCAAAUGUAUCCUCAAGCACGUCGCUCUUGCAGAGUGCACCAGAGAAUGACGCAGUGAUUUGGUUUGGUCGUUUACUCAAAGGGAACACUCGCACCUCAUUAUUAGUAGCUUGUCUCACCAAGGUUGCACAGAGUUUGUGUCAAGAUGGCAGGCAUGAUGAUGUUUUUGUGGCAUGUUUAUGAGAGGUAGUGGCUUCAUGAGGGUUGACAGUUGAUAAGCUCAUGGCAAAGCGCUAAAUAAGUACUUUUAAAAGUGACAACAAUUUUUGAACACGGAAAACUGUCACGAAUUUAAUCCAUAUUAUUGUCAAGACCAACACCACCCUUAAGACCAGUCAUAAGUAAAAGGGUGAACAGUGACAAAGGAAUGCUUUUGUUCCAGUUCACUUGAAAAGCCUGUGACUUGUAUUGAGACUAGAGGUCUUGUGUUGGGCCUGUGAGGUUUUGUGAAGGUCACGACUACAACGCUGCUUGGUGCCAAUUUGGUGAGAAGCAAGUCUCUGUAUUGGUUGAAAUGGGCUCUCUUUUGUGUGAAAAGCCAGAGGGAGGCCAACCCUGUCUUUGAUGUCGAGUAACAGUCAACAUUAGCUUAAGAAUGCCACUGCCGGUUCAUUCUGUUUUCUCUCAUUGCAAUUGCAGCUGACGCUGAACCACUGCUUCUGUCGUGAAUGCUGCUUUUACAUUAUUUCAUGUCUUGUCGCCGGUUUAUGCGUGCCUUUCAUUUUGUUGUGAUGAUCGCUUUUAGACAGUAGUUUCAGCUUGUGUGAAUGACAGAAGUCACUAGAGCAGUAACCUUUUGUCAAUAAGAGUACCUUUGCAUUACUGUAUUUGUUUUCUCCACUGUUUCAAUCCCUAGUCUUCACCUUUCCAUCCCGUGCACGUAGCUCUAUUCACAUAACUUUCUGUCAGUUAAUGCAGCUGUCAUUUCUCCGGCAAUGACCGAGCUAUCUUUUUCAGUUACACUUUUUACUUCCUAUUUUCUCCAUUGUGUUUCCUCUUGUUUAACCUGGUUAAAAUUUCCAAAAACGCAGUAUAACCCAGAAAGCAACAGCAUUCAAGUCAACUGUAAAUUGUGUCAAAUUGAUUUACCAUUUUG